GAGAUAAAAAAAAAAAAAAAAAGAAAAGAAAGAAGAAAAGAAAUAGAGAAAAAGAAAAAGAUUAAUAGUAGUAAUAAUAAUAACCAGCAGCGAUCGAGCUAUACACGAAGCGAAGCUGGGAUUACACGAAUCAACAAUAAGCACAGGAAUGCACUAAAGGGGGAGCAAAAACAAUUCCCGCGGAAGACAAGGAAAGCGAAGAAUCGAAGCCCAAGUAAACUGAGAGACUCGAUUUUUUUCUUUGUUGGUUUCCUGCAAUUGGUCAAGCUCGUUAAGUUGGUGUCUUUUGAAUUUUGUGAAGAAUGGGGGGUUUUUAAUUGGUGCAGUGGUAUAAUUUUACGGUUCGUGAAGUUCGCGAGAAGCGUGGUGGUUUUUCUUUUGGGGCUGCAAAGUUGGUGAUUCGAACUUAGGGUUUUGAUUCCUCAUGUCUUUGAACGAUUUUUGGUUGAUUUCUGGGUUUUGGAUAACCUAUGGAGUGAGUUUGAUCUCUAGGGUUUUGGUUCUGCGAAGAUGAGAUUUGGGUUUGCAUUGUGCGGUUUCUGGCUGGGUUAAUUCAGGGUUGUUUGGAAACACAAAUAGCUUAACGGAGGUGGAAAUUUUAGGUAUUAGGAUUUCUUGGAUGGUGUUUGGGGUUUGCUUGUCUGGGAUAUGCUGAGCCUGAAAGUUUGAUUUACAUGGAAUAGGAGGCGUGAUGGUGAAUUUUGGUUUUUUUUGGAUGCAAGGUUAACAGUAAUCUUCGGGUGCAAUUAGGGGAUUCUGGGGAUUUUUUUUUUUUUUUUUUUUGUUAAUGGUGUAUGAAUAGUGUUGUUGUAAAAUGCAACCUCAGCAGGGCUCUAGGAUUGAUUUGGGAGACUUGAAAGCUCAGAUAGUGAAGAAGAUUGGGGUUGAGAAGUCAAAAAGAUACUUCUAUUAUUUAAGCAGGUUUUUAAGCCAGAAGCUUAGUAAGAGUGAGUUUGACAAGUCUUGCUAUCGUGUACUAGGGAGGGAAAAUCUCCCUCUGCACAAUCAGUUGAUACGUUCAAUUUUAAAAAAUGCAUGUCAAGCCAAGAAUCCACCACCUAUUCAUGAAUCAGGUCCAGCCAAGUCUGUGGUACAAACUGCUAAAUGUUCGCCUGGCAGAGAAGAUGGUCUUGAACAAACCGUAUCUCUUGUUCCAAGCCAAAAUACAAAUAUAUCUAUUUGGACAAAUGGAGUUCUGCCUGUGUCCCCUCGAAAGAUUAGGUCGGGGAUACGUGAGAGGAAGCACAGGGAUAGGCCUAGUCCACUUGGGCCUAACGGGAGGCUUGAAUGUUUGUCCCAUCAAUCAACGGGUACUGAAGAUACUUGCAAUAAAGCUAAUAUUGAAAAUGGAAAUUUGACUCCUUGUGAUUAUGAGAGACCAUUGCAGCAUCUACAAUCAGUUGCAGAGCAACCUGAUAAUGAAAGGGAUGGUUCGGGUUUACGACCCAAUAGAAUACCCGGUAAAGAUCAGGCUGAAACUCUUCUUGUUGAAGAUGGGGAGGAGGUGGAGCAGGCUAACCGUUUGAAUCUCUCUAAGAGUCCUCUACUUGCACCACUUGGGAUUCCAUUUUGUCCGGCUAGUGUUGGUGGGACCCGCAAAACUGUUCCUGUUUCAACUAGUGGUGACUUUGUUAGCUAUUAUGACAGUGGUGUAUUGACUGAUUCAGAGACAUUGAGAAAACGCAUGGAGCUGAUUGCAGCAGCACAGGGCCUUGGAGGGGUUUCCAUGGAAUCUGCUAAUAUGUUGAACAUCAUGUUGGAUGUGUACUUAAAAAAAUUAAUCAAAUCAUGUGUUGAUCUGAUCGGAGCAAGAACUGCACAUGAGCUCAGAAAGAAUCCUAUCCACAAGCAGCAGAUUCAAGGCAAGAUUGUCAAUGGCAUGUGGCCUAGUAAUCACUUACAUGCACAGAAUAGCAGUGGGCCCAUGGAUUCUAUGGAGGAUCGUAGAUCACCGUGCUUGAUAUCUUUACUCGACUUUAAAGUUGCCAUGGAGCUUAACCCACAUCAACUUGGUGAGGAUUGGCCGAUGUUGCUGGAGAAGAUUUGUAUGCAUUCGUUUGAGGAAUGAAACAUCCAGUUGAAGAUUUCUUUGUCCAAAUGCUAUGGUUGGGUCAGUACUUUCGGGCUCAAAAGAUUUGAUAAAUUUUUUUGGAAAUCGUUGAUUCAACCUGUUCCAUUCUUCUGCCACGUUGAACCAUAUGGCUUUCAUUCUUAUAGUGCGCUGACCCGAAAAAAUGAAGUUAUGGGUCUGAGCAUCAAAAUGCCUGUACUCUUCUGCUGCAGAGCCUGGGCGAAUCUGGAAUUAUUUAAAAAAGCAACCAAGCAAACGGUACCUUGAAAUAGAAUGCCUAUGACUGGUUGCUCUGUUGUACGACUAGCAUUGAUGUUGGUUUUCUUCUACCAACCUUACAGAUCUCAAGCUUACCGUGUAAUUUACAGCCAGGGAGGAGGAAAUCUAAGAAAAUUUUGCAGGGAUACUGUUUUUUAGCUGGUGAAAGGUAAAAUCACUCAUGUAACAGCUGCAGGAUUGCUCUGUAUGUAAUUUAAAAUCUGAGAAUUGAUUGAAAUUCCAAUAUUAAUAACACAUUGACAUCCACUUACCAGACCUUUAUGUUAGAUUUUAAUUCUUCAGCUGGAUGGCAUGUGAAAUUUCUGUCCUGGGAUGAUUAAUGGCAUCACUUGCAUUCUCUUGGA